UCCACCUCAGCGGCUAAAAACGCUGCCUCAGUUUGGUGCUUCCCCAUUGGCUGGGUAAUGCCUAUAGGUACAUACAAUUACAGCCGUUUACUCAAAGUUGGGUCUUGUUGGCACGCCCAUUUGCGUUGUUGGGUUGAGGUAAGAAAGAUCCAUAUUGGUUGUGGCGUCCCAUAGGGUUGACAGGUUGGAAGCGGGACGUUAUCGCUGACUGUUAAGGCUAUCGGGAGCUUCCGGUAAUUGUUUUGCCACACACCAAAUGGCGUUCUUAACAACCCUUACAAGCCCCACCCUGUAUUUCCUGAUUUGAUAGUUUUCCCUGCUACUGAUUGGCUCAUAUAUCCAGUUGGCAUAGUGACAACGCCUGCCAUAUUAGUGUGUGAGCGUGUCCCUGAGGGUUGGGUUUGGUACGCAGUCGCAGGUCUGUGAGACAGGGUGGGGCUUGACUAUCAGGUGUGUGUGAGUGGUCACGGGAAGCUGCAGCCUCUCCUCAGCCGAAUCGCUCGCUGUCCCCGGUCCCAAGAGCGCCCCACACGUAAUUUCUCGGCUCCCAUCCGUGCUGUGUAUCAGUGCAGCCAGAGGGAGCGGCCCUUCCGCCUUGUCCACGUAAUUCUAUAAUCUCUAACCGGAUCGAGGACCCCGGGCUCCCGGCACCAUGUCCGCGGGAGGAGACUUCGGGAACCCGCUGAGGAAAUUCAAACUGGUCUUCCUGGGGGAACAGAGCGUUGGGAAGACAUCUUUAAUAACCAGGUUCAUGUAUGACAGCUUUGACAACACUUAUCAGGCAACAAUUGGUAUUGACUUCUUAUCCAAAACAAUGUACCUAGAGGAUCGAACAGUCCGGUUGCAAUUGUGGGACACAGCAGGUCAGGAGCGGUUCAGGAGUCUGAUCCCUAGCUACAUUCGCGACUCCACUGUGGCAGUUGUUGUUUUUGAUAUCACAAAUGUAAACUCAUUCCAGCAAACCACAAAAUGGAUCGAUGAUGUCCGAACAGAGCGGGGGAGUGAUGUGAUCAUUAUGCUUGUGGGAAAUAAAACAGAUCUUGCGGAUAAAAGGCAAGUGUCCAUUGAGGAAGGGGAGCGGAAAGCCAAGGAGCUGAAUGUAAUGUUUAUUGAAACCAGUGCAAAGGCUGGCUACAAUGUAAAGCAGCUCUUCCGACGUGUUGCAGCCGCCUUGCCUGGAAUGGAAAGCUCACAGGAUAAGAGCAGAGAAGACAUGAUUGAUAUCAAACUGGAAAAGCCUCCAGAACAGCCAGUGUCGGAAGGAGGCUGCUCCUGUUAAUGUCGCCCAUCCCUCUGCAGGACUUCCUCCAUGAUUCUUCCUCCGGGACAUCACUGCUCCUCUCAUGCCCUCAUCAGGCCUCCCUAACCCCAACCUUACUACUUUAUAAAAAGAAAAAAAAGCAGUGUAAAUAUCUGCCUCCCUCCCUAGCCCUCGACUCUUGGCUCCGAAUCUGGCUGUCUUGUGGACCUAUGAACGAUCAGCUUCACGGGCUUGUUAAUAUAUAAGCAGUGUCUUCAUUAUUUAAGCAACACGGAAAUUGUAUGCUUGUUGUUAAUCCAUCUUGAAAAAAAAAAAACGGUUCAUAUCUGACCGAGAACCUCUGCAACAUAGGAUGAUACCGAGUAUCUCUGCAUGCUUUCUAUGUUCCAAGCUCACUGGAAAAAUUCAUGGCACUAUGGGCAUUGAUCACUAGCGCGGUGCAAGGUUUUUAAUGUGCUUAAAUAGAUCUACUGCCCCCUCCCCCUGCCCAUUUCGGCUUCACUCACCCACCGGUCUGCUGAGAUUAGUGUAGGAUAUGUAGUCACCGUACCAAACAGAAAAGCAUUAUGAUGUGGUCAUACUCUGUACUGUUUUAUAUUGCAGCAUUUCAUUGUAUAUGGGGUGUGAACUGCUGCUUGACAUAGUUAUCUUUUUAUUAACGUUUCCUUUUUUUUUUUUAAUUUUAAAUAAAGUAUAAAUAAUGCACUUUGUAAUAUUGCAGAGAAGAAUCACUAAUAAUGCCUUGUGGGGCAGAGUAAGAGUGGGGUAUCCUAAUGAUGAGUAAAUCUGUGCUGCUCCCUGUCUCCCUCUAGUAGUCAGUGGGGCUUGUUGGUGGGAUAAUAUGGAUACGGUGCUAGGAAUUUAUCAUUCAGUGAAUGAACUCAUCUGCUUUAACCCUUUGUGUUUUUAUCUUUUACUGCUAUACAGACAGCUAGAUGCUGGGAAUGAGUAGGCAGCUGAGUAGAAAGAAUUAUGUUAUGCAGGCAGAAGUGUCUAGAGCUCCAAAGGUAACAAAAAUGACAUGUAUUUUAACACUGAUCUGCGUUAACUGAACAUUACACAUUGUUUUCCAGAGUAAAGAAUAAACACUUUACUGUGUGGCCCUGUAGGGUAAUGGCACGUGCCCUGGUGUUUUAUAACAUUGUGAAAUGCUUCAAAUCCAUUAACUGUGAAUAAAGUGAAACUGGUGCAGGUGA